AUGUUGUGGGACUCCCUCACCAGCUCCGCCACAGACAUCACUGAACAUCUUCGUACUGAGCGGCAGGAGCCAGAGCCCCCUCGCAUUAAAGAGGAAGUGGAGGAUGAAGAGGUCCGCCACAUCAAAGAGGAAGAGAAGCCUAUUUUGAUUAAAAAAGAAGAGGAAGAAGCGUGCCCCAAUAUCAAAGAGGAAGAGGAUAUUACCAGGUUUCCAGUGACUGAUGUCCCUUUGAAGAGUGAAGAUGAAGGUCAAAGUGAGAAGAGCAGAGGGGCGGAGCCUCCAAGCAGCAACUCAAGUCAACACAUGACAACAGAAGGUGAUGGAGACCACCGUGGAGGAUCACAAGCAGACGGCCACUUAGCUCCACUAUCAGAUAGUGACGACAUGACGUCGCACUCUCCUCACACUGAUGACGAUGGACAGUCUCAAGUCGAUAUGACAUUUCACACUGACAACAAACGGUGGAAAUGUUCCCUGUGUGGGACAACAUUUGCUUAUAAGAGUAGUUUGAAACAUCACAUGAGAACACACACUGGUGAGAAACCUUUUUCCUGCUCAGAUUGUGGUCAAAGAUUCUCUGAGAAGGGACACUUGACAAGACACAGAAGAACCCACACGGAUGAGAAACCUUUUUCCUGCUCAGUUUGUGGUCAAAGAUUCACUCAGAAGGGAAGCUUAAACAUACACAGAAGAACACACACUGGUGAGAAACCUUUUUGCUGCACAGUUUGUGGUCAAAGAUUCACUCAGAAGGGAAGCUUAAAAAUACACACAAGAACACACACUGGUGAGAAACCUUUUUCCUGCUCAGAUUGUGAUCAAAGAUUCUCUGAGAAGGGACACUUGACAAGACACACAAGAACCCACACUGAUGAGAAACCUUUUUCCUGCUUAGAUUGUGGUCAGAGAUUCUCUGACAACGGAACAUUGACAAGACACACGAGAACCCACACUGGUGAGAAACCGUUUUCCUGCUCAGUUUGUGGUCAAAGAUUCACUCAGAAAGGAGGCUUAAAUAUACACACAAGAACACACACUGGUGAGAAACCUUUUUCCUGCUCAAACUGUGGCCAAAGAUUCUCAAAGAAUGAAGACUUAAAAAUCCACACAAGAACUCACACUGGCGAGAAACCUUUUUUCUGCUCAGUUUGUGGUCAAAGAUUCUCUGUGAAGAGAAACUUAAAAAUGCACACAAGAACCCACACUGGUGAGAAACCUUUGUCCUGCUCAGAUUGUGAUCAGAGAUUCUCUGACACGGGAACCUUGACAAGACACACAAGCGCCGACACUGACAUCACUGAAGAUCUUCGUACUAAGUGCCAGGAGCCAGAGCCCCCUCACAUUAAAGAGGAAGUGGAGGAUGAACAUGUCCACCACAUGAAAGAGGAAGAGGAGCCCAUUUUGAUUAAAAAAGAGGAGGAAGAAGUGCACCGCCGCUUCAAACAGGAAGAGGAGGAGGAUAUCACCAAGUUUCCAUUGACUGGUGUCCCUUUGAAGAGUGAAGAUGAAGGUCCAAGUGAGGAGAGCAGAGGGGCGGAGCCUCCAAGCAGCAGCUCAAGUCAACACAUGACAACAGAAGGUGAUGGAGACCACCGUGGAGGAUCACAAGCAGACGGCCUCUUGGCUCCACUGUCAGAUAGUGACGACAUGACGUCGCACUCUCCUCACACUGAUGAUGAUGGACAGUCUGAAGUCGAUAUGACAUUUCACACCGACAACAAACGAUGGAAAUGUUCCCUGUGUGGGAAAACAUUUGCUUAUAAGAGUAGUUUGAAACAACACAUGAGAAUACACACUGUCGAGAGAGCUUUUUCCUGCUCAGAUUGUGGCCAGAGAUUCUCUCACAAGGGACACUUGACAAGCCACACAAGAACUCACACUGGCGAGAAACCUUUUUCCUGCUCAGUUUGUGGUCAAAGAUUCACUCAGAAGGGAAACUUAAAAAUACACACAAGUACCCACACUGGCGAGAAACUUUUUUCCUGCUCGGUUUGUGGUCGAAGAUUCACUCAGAAGGGAAACUUAAAAAAACACACAAGAACCCACACCGGUGAGAAACCUUUUUCCUGCUUAGUUUGUGGUCAAAGAUUCUCUCGCAGGGAUCGGGCUAAGACACACAAGUGUGCUGGGGAGAAAAGCCGUGAUCAAGGUUUUAAUGAAAAUGUAAAUAUGUAAUCUAAAAAGUAAUGACUUACAAAAA